CGCCCUUUCUUCGUCGCCAAUAAAUUCUUCCGUUCCUGCCGUCUCCAUUCUUUUUCCAUUUUCCCUCCCCAACGGCUCCAAUCCACCGCCGACGGCGUAGAUCCAAGGUGCCUUCGUGAGUAAGUCCCCAUUGCAUCCUUCUUCUAGUUGGAUCGCCUCUUCGCGGAAUCGAUCCUUUGCUUCGUGGCUUAGAACAAGCGCGUACUGGGAUGACACUUACCAUUUCCUUGGGUUCAUGGAGAUGCAGACUUGGUGGUUAUUGACGUUACAUCAGAAGAAACAGUUGAAGAAUUAUUUAAAAUUUCCUUUUGUUUCCUACAAAUAAUACGGCUAAAGACUUGCUUUUUCAUACUCCAUCACUCCGAUAGCAAGUUGUAUUACGGGAUUCGGCAGUGCCAUAACAGUAUGGGAAUCUACUUAAGCACUCCAAAAACUGAGAAAUUUUCCGAAGAUGGUGGGAAUGCUAAAGUUAGGUUUGGUUUGUCAUCUAUGCAAGGUUGGCGUGCAAAUAUGGAGGAUGCGCAUGCUGCUGUGCCAGAUCUUGAUGAUUGCACAUCGUUCUUUGGUGUUUAUGACGGCCAUGGAGGAAAAGUGGUUGCCAAAUUCUGUGCAAAAUAUCUACAUACACAAGUUCUCAAGUUUGAUCAUCUUCUUGGAGAUUUAACUGCUGCACUUCGAAGAGCAUAUUUUAGAAUGGACGAGAUGAUGCGAGGCCAGAGAGGGUGGCGAGAGUUAGCUGUUCUGGGAGACAAGAUGGACAGAUUCACUGGCUACAUUGAGGGCUUGAUAUGGUCCCCAAGGGGAGGUCAUUCAGAUGAACACGUAGAUGAAUGGACCUUUGAGGAGGGACCACAUUCUGAUUUUUCUGGGCCAACAUCUGGAUGCACAGCUUGUGUGGCUGUUAUUAGGAACAAUCAACUUUUUGUUGCAAAUGCUGGUGAUUCUCGCUGUGUGUUGUCAAGGAAGGGUCAGGCAGUCAGCUUGUCGACUGAUCACAAACCAGGUCUUGAGGAUGAGAAAGAGAGAAUCCUAAAAGCAGGAGGAUUUAUCCAUGCUGGACGAGUAAACGGAAGCUUAAACCUUGCAAGAGCAAUUGGUGACAUGGAAUUUAAGCAAAAUAAAUUUUUACCUGCGGAAAAGCAAAUUUUGACUUGCAAUCCCGACAUCAAUAUUGUGGAGCUAUCUGAUGAUGACGAAUUCAUUGUUAUAGCAUGUGAUGGAGUCUGGGAUUGCAUGUCGAAUCAGCAGCUAGUUGAUUUUAUCCAUGAGCAUCUUAGAACUGAAAGCUGCCUCUCUGCAGUAUGUGAGCGAGUACUGGACAGGUGCUUGGCUCCGAGCACGCUCACUGGCGAGGGAUGCGAUAACAUGACCAUGAUACUGGUGCAGUUGAAGAAGCCCAUUGAGCCGAAUGCUUCUCUUGCUUGACGACCGAUUCUGAUCUGGCACUAGCGUCUCUUGUUGUAUCAUUCUGUAGAUUGGAACUGCAUUGUACAUGAAUUAUACGAUGAAUGACCUCUUCAAGAUUGUAGUCUUUUUUUUUCCCUGACUUUGUAAUUGUUUGGGGAUAUCAAUAAAUGUGUGAGACCCACUGCAGCCAAAACUAGUUUAACA